CCGGGAGCGGCCAUCUUGGAAGCGGCGGCGGCGGCGGCGGCGGCCGGGCGGGCUCGGUCCCGGCGCGGUGCGGCUGUGCGGCGCGGGCGCCACUCCCGCUCUCUGCUCCGGUCUCGACCACGGCGAGCCUGAGCGCGGCGGCGGCCCACGCGCGGCGACGGGGAGAGAUGAGCGGCAACAGCGGCAAGAGAGCCCCGACGACAGCGACGCAGCGCCUGAAGCAGGACUACCUCCGGAUCAAGAAAGACCCCGUGCCGUACAUCUGUGCCGAGCCCCUGCCCUCCAACAUCCUCGAGUGGCACUAUGUGGUCCGAGGCCCUGAGGUGACUCCCUAUGAAGGUGGCUAUUAUCAUGGAAAACUAAUUUUUCCCAGAGAAUUUCCUUUUAAACCUCCUAGUAUUUAUAUGAUAACUCCCAAUGGAAGAUUUAAGUGCAAUACAAGGCUGUGUCUUUCCAUCACGGAUUUCCACCCAGACACGUGGAACCCGGCCUGGUCCGUGUCCACCAUCCUGACAGGGCUCCUGAGCUUCAUGGUGGAGAAGGGCCCCACCCUGGGCAGCAUCGAGACAUCAGACUUCACGAAAAGACAACUGGCUGCACAAAGUUUAGUGUUUAAUUUAAAAGACAAAGUGUUUUGUGAAUUAUUUCCUGAAGUCGUGGAGGAAAUUAAGCAAAAACAGAAAGCACAAGACGAACUCAGUAGCAGACCCCAGGCUCUCCCCUUACCGGACGUAGUUCCAGACGGGGAGACACACCACGGCCAGAACGGGCUUCCGCUCCUCAACGGGCACGCGCCGGGGGCUGGGCCGCACCUUGUGGGGCUCCAGCAGGCCAACCGGCACCACGGACUCCUGGGCGGCGCCCUGGCGAACUUGUUUGUUAUCGUUGGGUUUGCGGCCUUCGCCUACACGGUCAAGUACGUGCUGAGAAGCAUAGCGCAGGAGUGAGCCCCCGCCACGACCAGCAGAGGUGGUCGGAGACAAGGGAUGCUGGGCCCGAGCUCAACGUGGGCUGGCUGGACGCGCUGCCAAGCACAGGACGGGCCUGCCCGACUGCUGGGGUUAGCUUUUUAAAAACCUUUAAGAGGAAAACAAAAACCAAAGUGUGUCGUUUGGAUUUGGAGGAGACGAGAUUCCCAGUCCCCCUUCUCGCCCUGGCGUCUGUCGGGGGCUGUCGGGCUCCGUGUCCACGAGGAGGCCUCACGCUUUGGUUUUAUAGCUUAUCUCCUGUAUUGUCUUUUGGACCUGUUUUAGUAACCUGUUUUUCAUUUUAUUAGAUUUGGUCACUUAAAAAUAUAAAACUCGAUGCCUAUCCAA